AUGGUAGUGAUGACUAGCCUGCGGCGCUUCUGUCAGGCAUUUCCCCACAAUGUGCCCUGGCGAAGGAUCCAGAUCCCCGGGCCAGUGCCAAGGCGGCCGUGCAGCCUCUACACCUGCACUUAUAGAACCCGGAACCGAACCCUGCAUCCACUCUGGGAGAGUGUGGACCUGGUCCCUGCGGGCGACCGACAGUCACCCAUCAAUAUCCGCUGGAGGGACAGUGUUUACGACCCUUGCCUAAAACCCCUCACCAUCUCCUAUGAUCCAACCACCUGCCUCCAUGUCUGGAAUAAUGGAUACUCUUUCCUGGUGGAAUUUGAAGAUUCUACAGACAAAUCAGUGAUCAAAGGAGGACCCCUGGAACACAACUACCGGUUGAAGCAGUUCCAUUUUCACUGGGGGGCCAUCGACACCUGGGGCUCUGAGCACACUGUGGACAGCAAAUGCUACCCAGCAGAGCUGCACUUGGUGCACUGGAAUGCAGUGAAAUUUGAAAACUUCGAGGAUGCGGCACUGGAGGAGAAUGGUUUGGCGGUGAUAGGAGUCUUUUUAAAGCUGGGCAGACAUCACAAAGAGCUGCAGAAAUUGGUGGAGACACUGCCGUCAAUUAAGCACAAGGACACCCUGGCGGAAUUUGGGUCAUUUGACCCCUCCUGCCUGAUGCCUGCCUGUCCGGAUUACUGGACCUACUCCGGUUCUCUGACCACCCCUCCGCUCUCGGAAUCUGUCACCUGGAUCAUCAAGAAGCAGCCAAUAGAGGUGGACCAUGGCCAGCUGGAGCAGUUUCGGACCCUGCUUUUCACCUCUGAGGGCGAGAAAGAGAAGAGAAUGGUAGACAACUUCCGCCCUCUCCAGCCUCUGAUGAACCGCACAGUCCGCUCGUCCUUCCGUCACGAUUACGUGUUGAACACACACGCCACCUCCAAGCCACAGGCCAGCCAGGCCGCCUCCUAA